CUUCAGUUGGUUUCUGACCAUCAAUUCGAUCGCACGAACAGCUCGUUCCUAAUACAUUUUCAUACUCAUCAUCGAUCGAUCAGCGAGCAGGUUCCUGCCUUAAAUUUAAAUUAAUAAAUAACGCAUCUUCAAUUUAUAUUGUGACUGAGUGAUCAAAUUAAAUUUGAAAAAAAAAAAAAAAAUCAAUUGAUAGACCAAACUGAUUGUUCUAAAAAAAUAGUAUUGAUAGUCAAGAUCAUCAUCGUCAUCGUUUUGUACUAGAAGAGUUGUUGUUUUUGGAUUUUUUUUGAAGAGACUUUUUGCGGCAGCGAGCCAUAUUCUUUUUAUAACGGUGCAGAAAACCCCUCUUGGAACGACCGACCGACGAAGAAGAACGAAACCGAACCUUUUUGAGAGGCUACUCGUACACACACGAUCCAUUCUAGUGUCACUUCUUGAUGUGUAUCCGUUGGAUGCAUUUGCAGCAGCCGCAUCAGUUACCACAACGAACCUAGAAUUUAUACCUUUAGCGGUCUUGUUGGACUCUAUAAUAUCUGUUGCCUCAUUGCCUGAUGGUCGUUUAGUCCUCUCGUCCUGUUCUACGUGUCGUCGCGAGUGUAUUUCGGUUUUGAAUUUCGCAAUUCUUCUUCAUCUUGCUCCUAUAAGAUUUCUAUAAAAAUCUAUAUCUAAAGGAUAUAGCUUUUAUAAAGAGAAGUCGUGUGUUGGAUUAAAAAAUAGAAAAAAAAAACUAGCCACCGGCAAAACCUAUGCCUUAAAUGUGUUCCAUUAAAACAAAAAGUCAUAACUGAAUGACAAGAAGUUAUAACUUUCGCAUAAAAAGCCGGCUCUUAAGUUGGUCUUCAUAGAAGAACAUCAGGUUCUAAUUCCAAAUAAAUUAGAUAUAUUUCUUUUUUUAAUUCGUUUUGUUGGUUUCGUAUUUUACCGUGUGUGAACUCAUAAAGAUCUUUUUUUUUUUCUGGGACGGUUUUUUGAACUUGUAAGACCUUUCUUAAAAAAAAAAGUAAAAAAAAGUGCGAUCUAGCAAGAAAUUGAAGACAGAGUUAGUACAAAAUUGUGUGUGAAAAUAUGACGAGAAUAAGACUUGUCAAGAAGACCUUCUUUGCGGCUAAUCGAGCGAUGAUCCUGGUCGUCAUCUUUGCCGCCCUAUUGGAACAAUGUCUAGCAAGCAACUUGGGAUCCAAAUGCCAACAUGACAUGGACUGCACAGAUUUCAUAAAAGGCAGUACGUGUUCAAUGAAUGGAUAUUGCGAGUGCGCGCCAUAUUUUGUCCAGUACAACGUAACGACUUGUUUGUCAUCACAACUACUCGGAGGCGAUUGCAUUUUGGCCGAUCAGUGUACGAUGAAAGUGGCCAACAGCAGUUGCUUGGAUGGGGCUUGCCGUUGCGUUGAGGGAUUCUUGCAGUUCCGGAAGCAUACAUGUCUUGGACCUGCCCAUCCUGGAGCUGUUUGCUACAGUCACGCCCAUUGCCAAAUGAAUGACAAGAAAAGUCAUUGUGAUUUUCUAAUUCCCAAUUUAUUUGGACGUUGUCAAUGUACUUCACCUGCCAAACAAUAUGGAGGAAUGUGUAUUGCUGAUGAUAGUUCUAUUGAAGCUGAUGCUGUAUUAAGUCAAACUACAACUUAUACCCCAUUAAUUACACCACCACCAACUGUAUUCCGACCAAUCGAUUUAAUAACUCACUAUGAGAUUUCAACCCAAGGAAAACCAGAAAUUAGCAGCUUACCCUCGUCUACAGAAAAUCAAGUUGAAUUUACAAAACUACCAGAAUUAUCUGUAAGUUCUUCAAGUGAACAGUCAGGUGGUGAAGAUUUGACAGCUGAUACAGAAGCUUUUGAUGUUUUAAAUAACUAUCAUGUAUCAAGUUCGACACAAGGUUUAGGUGUAGAAUCUGCACAACAGGCUGUUACAAGUGAUGAUUAUCCAUAUAAAAUUGAUAAUGAAGAUCAAACAAGUAUCAAUGAAGAAGAAAGUGAAGAAAAUCCAGAAAUAUCAGCUGUUCCUGUUGAGGAAGCUGUAAUAACACCAGCUGAAGGAACUAACGAGGUGACAAAACUGGAUAGUGAAAUAUUAGCUCAGAAAGAAACAGAAUCGGAAGAGAAGGCUGAGGAACAACCUGAGCAAGUUCCUGAAAUUCAACCAUCAUCGUCAUCCGAAACAGUUCUUAUCCCCGAAGUUGAGCAACAACAAUCGAAUGAAGAUCAACAUUCUGAAGAAGAAGAAAAACCCGAAGAAGAGAUACAUUCCGAGUUAGAAGCGGCUACAGAAGUUCCUGCUGAAAUUGAAGACAAACCUGAAAUCAACCAAGAACAUGUAGAUGAGUUGGAGGAAGUGAAGCCUGUAGUUUUUGAAGCUGAACAACCUGAACAGUCUUUGGAUAAUAACAAUGUAGCUGUAGAAGAAUCGGAAGCAUCACAUAACGUUGAAACAUCUUCAAAUACUUCUGAGCAAGUCGAGGAACAUAAUGAAGAUCAUGAAAUUACUCCAGUUAACACAGAUGUUCAAGAUAUUAUUAGUCAAUCCGAAGAAUCUUCAUCAAAUCCAGAAGUAUCUCAAGGAAUUAGUGAAGAUUUAGCAGAAAAAGAAAAGGAAGAUGAAGUCGCAACAGAGCAACCAGCUGAAGUUGAAAAUGUACAGACAUCUCAGCCAGCUGAGCCAGAAAUAAUUCAUGAAGAACAUUCUUCUGAGCAGCAGAUAAACAAAGUAAUACCAGAAGAUAACUUAUCUCAAACCAGUCAAGAAUCUUCAGAACCAUUGAACUUGGAAUCUGAAGAAGUCAAAGAAGAUCACACUGUUCAGAAUGAACUUCAGAGCGAAGAACAUCUACCGGAACAAUCUGUAGAAAAGGAUACUGAGUCUGCUGAACAACAAACAGCUAGUGGUCAAAUGGAAGAAUCACAUUCUAGGCCAAGUUCAGAUGCUCAUGCUCAAGAAGAAGCUACAGUUCUUGAUGAAGAAGUCGAAACACAUGUGGAUAUGGAUGGAGAAUUAGCUGCUACUAGCUCUCAAGAACACAAAGAAGACGCAGAGAUUGACAGUAGCAUUGUAAGCCAAUCAUCAAAUGUUGGAGAAGAACAUAAAGUUCCUGAUGAAAAUGUUUCAGAAAUUAGCUUAGAACAAGUACAAGAAGGUGAAGAAAACCCAGGACUACAUGAAGAGGUUGUUCAAGAAAAUAUUACUGAAGAAAUUGCCCAUGAAGAAAAUAUGCCACAAGUUUCAGAAGAAAAUAAUGCGGAACAAUCAGUUGAAGGCGAACAAGUAGGUGAAGAAGCUGUACAAGAAGUUGAAAAUGAAGCUUCCCAAGAAGGUAUCCAAGAAACCGAACAAGAACAACCACAACAAGCUGUCGAAGAAGCUGCCCAAGAAGCUGUCCAAGAAACUGAACACGAAUCUGAACAAGUAUCUGAACAAGAAGCUGUCCAAGAAUCUUCUCAGGCAGUAAGCGAAGAAGCUCCUCAAGAAACUACCGAAGAAUCUGUCCCAGAAGUUGUCCAAGAAGCCGCCCAAGAAACUGCACAAGAAGCUGUGGAAGAACCUGCCCACGUAGAAGAACAAAUUUUACAGGAAACUAGUUCAGAACAAAUGGAAGAAUUACCUGAAGAAGAAAACAAAGAAAAGGAAGAUUCUUUAGCAGAAACAGAAGAAGAUAAGAAAGAUAACCAAGUCGAGAACAAAAUUGGGGAAGUGAACACUUCUGAAGAUGAAAUUAAACCUUCAAUAGAUGAAGAGAAACCAUCUGGAGAAGAAACUAUCAAUGCAGACAUUAAGGAAGAUAAUGUUCCAGAGUUGAUUAAAGACCAUCAAAUUUCAUCUGAACAAGAAAUUCAACUAAAUAAAAUUGAAGAAGAGGAAAUAGUUCAAUCAGCAAACGAAGAUCGAGUUGAAGAAGAACCACAAAUUCUUAACCACGAAGAAGUGCAACCCAUAGAUGAAGAAAACCAACAACAAAUAGUCCAAAAUGUACCCCAAGAAACAAUUGAAGAGCUUCUUCAGGAAGCAGCUCAAGCUCUAGCUGAAAAAGAUAAUCAAGAAUUAAACUUAGCACAAAACCACGAUGAAGUACAAAAUAUUACUGAGAAACCAGUUCAUGAAAGUGAAGAAGAAGCUUUACAAACUCUUCAGGAGGAACCUAUACAACCAGUGGUAUCUGACGAUUUGAUUUCUUUGCCAGAGAACCAGUCAGAAUUGUCUGAAGAAAAAUUACCAGAAAAAGAAGAAAUUAAUCUUGAUUCGAAGCCACAAUCAACUGAAGAAGAACAACAAUCAGUAUCAGAACAGGUAGAAUUACAAGAAGCAGUUCCAGAAAUGAUCAAAAAAGAUGUUGAACUGCCUGAAAAAAUGUCAGAAGAAACACCAUCAGAAGAAAAUCAUAGUCAAAAGCUCCAAACUGAUCUAGUAACGGAAAGUGUUUUACAAAACGAAGCACUUCCAAUUGACGAAGAAGAAGAUCCAAACAAAGACUCAGAUGAAGAACAAAAAAUAGAUAUACAAACAAUCCCAAUAUCAUUGCAAGAUCUGUUACAAGGUGGUGCUGAACCUCAGAAGAAUAUCCAAGAAACAGCCCAAGAGAAUGCAUCAGAAAGUGAAGAUCCUCAAAUUUCUUCAGAGACUAAUGAAGAACAUGCAACAGACACUCAAGAAUCGUCUGAGCCAUCCAAACCUGAAGAACUAGAACUCUCAAAACCAAAUUUAACUGAUCUUACAGAUUCUAUGAUUAUUCAAGAAAUAUCUUCAGAUGAGGCUUCAUCACAUGAAAAUCAACUCCCUGCUUUGGAAAAAAUUCCAAUGACACAAGAGAAAGACAAUGAAGAAACUAAUUUGGAAAAUGAAAGUUCAAACGAAGCUAUCCAACAUGUACAUGACUUGGAAAACAUUAUCGAAGGCGCCGAACCUUCAAAUAUUGCAAAUGACAAUAACCCACUUAGCUUAUCUGAAUCGUUGCCAACUAAAAAACUCCAAACAGAAAACAAUGAAGGUGAUGGAACUUUGGCAUUAGAAGAAGAAGAAAAUCCAAUUUCUAGCAACGAGAAUGCCAUUAAUGAGAAAAUUGAAAGUGAUAACAACGAACAACAACAACAAAUUAUUGGAACAGAUCCAGCAAAUAAACCAAUAAUUGAUGAUGAGGUGAAAGAGAUCGAUAUGCAAACAGAAAAGAUCAACGAAGACAAAGAAGAAGAAGAAGAAUUAUUAGAAAUCGAUCAAGCGACAACUGUACGUUCCGAAUCUGAGCAAAAUUCUGAUCACGAAUCAUCAUCAACUGUCCACCCAACUUUCGAAUUGCAAGAAACACAUCAACAAGUGGCAGCUGUAGAAAAUGUUAAUGAUAAUUUACCAGCAGCGGACAUUGAAGAAGAAACAAACGAUACAACACAAUCUGGAGCGAAUGCCAAUGAAAGUGAACUCGACGCCGCCACUGAGUACGUGCCUUUGGUAAUGGCACCAGCUGAGAGUGAAACAUUGGCCACACCUGUAGCUGUCAGUGUGGAACCUGAUUUUAGUGAAAUUGAAAAGUUUGAACAAUUUGAAGAUCAUCAUUUGGUCAAUGAACCUUUAGAGACAGUUGACAAUGUUUUAGAAGAAGAAGAUAAUGUUCCAACGAGUAGACCUAUUGUUGAAUUGGAAUCUUCACCAAUUGUUGAAGAAGAUAAUGAAGACAUGAAACCAGCUUCAGGAGAUAACGGUUUCAAUGAAAAUGAAUCAGUUCUUAGUAUUUUAAGUGGUUUAAUAGAAAAUGAAGAAGAAGAAGGUUCUGGAACACCAUUGCCAGAGAGCUCUGUCGAUGAUUUGAAAGCUGAAGAAACUGUUCAUAGUGAACAAACCCCAGACACAGGAUCGUAUUAUCCAUCUGUUUUGUCCGACUUGCUCAUGAGUACAAAGACUGAAGACCUGUCAAAAUUAACUACGUCUUCUCCAUUGAUUGAGAACCAGGAAAGCGUUACUCCCGAAGAACUUCCAUUUGAUCUUUCGUUCGUUUCUCCAAACGAUCAUGUAGAGCUUAUGUCAGAUAAUUUAGUCGUUGAAACGACACCUGGUUUCUACCAGGAAAGCAGCAGCAGUAGCAGUGAAGAUGGUAUUAUAACUACUGAAGUACCUGACAUCUUGGAGAUUACCACCCAGACAAUGCUUGGUCUAGCUAGCCGGGUAACGCUCAUGGAACCAGCUGCUCCAGUGGCUACAACUUUGAAACCUUUUAUGACAAUGGAAGAUGAUUUCUCGACAACUUCAUCUUCAUUGAGUAUUGAUUCUUUGAUAACUUCAAAACCAGUUCGUAAACGUGUAGAACUAGGCAAUGGUCCGGUUUCCCUAGGCUUGAAUUGUAAUAACGACAAACAGUGCCAAUUGGCUGACCCAAAUACCGUCUGCUCUGAUCAAGGAAUAUGUGACUGUGCCUCAAAGACACCAGCUAAAUGUAGCGCUGAACGUACCGGCUGCAGUGCAGGAACAUUCCAGUGCCGCUCGAGUGGAGUUUGUAUUUCGUGGUUCUUCGUAUGCGACGGCCGCCCAGACUGCACAGAUGCUUCUGACGAGGAAUGCACUUUUAAUGCACGAUUUAACCAAACAUGCCCGAAAGAAUCAUUCCGUUGUGAGCACAGUGGACGGUGCAUAAGUCGUGCCGCACUUUGUGAUGGCAGAAAACAAUGCCCACACGGAGAGGACGAAUACGAAUGUGAUUCUUUAAGGACUGAAGGUGGCCAAUGCCCACCAAACACGUUCCGUUGCAACAGUGGCGAAUGCCUGCCCGAAUAUGAGUACUGUAAUGCAAUUAUCUCGUGCAAGGAUGGCAGUGACGAGCCGCCACAUCUUUGCGGAUCACGAUCUGUGCCGAAUAUCUUCCUCCGAAUGCUUACCGCUGCUGUGGUCGACGAUAGUAGCGCUAAAAGAACCAGUGGCGGUAUCAAUGCCUAUUGCCCGCACAGGUGCAGCAACGGCCGAUGCAGAUCGACAGCCAUUGUUUGUUCGGGUCGUGAUGGUUGCGGUGAUGGAACAGACGAGGAGACCUGUUCUGUUUGUCGUUGUCCCGCCCCAGCUUAUGCCAGUGCCCCUGCUUCAGCUGAAUUCUUAGCGCAGCAACCCCCCAUGCCAUUGUGGAAAUGAAGUGAAUCUUUCCUGUAAUAAAAAGUCAACGUCAUGAAAAGAAAAUACUAAACAAACAGAACUAGCAAAACACACACGACACGACCGCCAUCUUUAGGCGAUUAUUGUGUUACAAUAUUUCAUAUUUUUCUUCAAAUUCGAAUUUGUGUUGUGUUAAUUCGAUAUAUAAGUAAAAUUCUAGACACAAAUUGCCAAUUGGCGCCUUGCUAGCAAAGGACAUAAUUAAUUUUAUUAAUUCUCUUAUUUAAUUUUUUUUACAUUUUAUUUAAAAAAAAAACAGAAAACUUCUUUUAAAAUUCGACUUUCGAAAAUCGAAUUUAAUUUUAUUUUUCGAAGUUGAUUUUUGUUUUCGAUAUCCUUUGAUCUAGUGAUGCAGACAAUUGCAAUUUUAUGUAAUUUUAUUUAACUUAUUUGAAGUUUCAAAGUUUGUCUUUUUUGGCUAUUUUCGUGUUCAUUUCUUUUUUUCUAUUUUAUUUUUAUUUGACAUUAUUGAAUGUUAUUUUUUAUUUAAUCUAUAUUUUUAUUAAUUUUCUAUAGAAUUGUAUAUAGGUACGCUGAAAUUUUGUUCUUAAACAAUCCUUAAUUUUAAUUAAAAUUUUAAAUUUUCUUUUCACAAAAUACUUAAUUAAAAAAAAAAUUAAUAAUUGAAGUAGAAUAGAAGUAAUAGAUUGUUUGUAAAAUUACAAACAAUUUGAAUUUAUGUAA